AGUAUCGUCAGUGAUCUUUACCGAUUAUGGUUAUUAAUUAAAAGAGAAAACAUAAUAGCUUGAUGCGCUUUUUUAGCUACAUUAGAAACAUGUCUCUUAGACUAAGACUGGGUACUACCUGUGUUAGAGCUGGCAGAUCAGUGAUCAGAGUUUUGGCUUGGAUACCUGUCCUAUUUGUGGCGAUAGUGCUUGUCUGGGGCUACUAUGUGUAUGUGUAUGUCAUGAACAUAUCAGGAACAUUUCCAAAAGGGUCUCCUAUAGUCAACACCAUUGUCAGUGUGUUCUUUAUAGCAUGUGCUCACGUAAUAUUUGCCCUGCAACUAACAUCGUACCUACGAACCAUAUUUACUACUCACAAGCCAAUACCAGAGCAGUUUAAACUAACAGAGGCUCAGCUGGACAGGCUGGAUGACAUGGAUGAUGACCAAACGCUACUGAAACAGCUGGCUCAAGAUCUACCUGUGAAGCAGUGUUCCAGGAGUGGAAAUGUGCGUUACUGUGACGGCUGUGACCUCCUCAAGCCAGACCGCACCCACCACUGCUCCAUGUGUAACAGGUGUGUCUUGAAGAUGGACCACCAUUGCCCGUGGGUUAACAACUGUGUUGGUUGGUCCAACUAUAAGUUCUUUGUGCUGUUUCUGUUCUACACUGUGGUGCUGUGUGUGUGGGUAGCCACUACAGGAGCCUGGGACUUCAUCAAGGCAUGGCACGGGACAGUGAAGGACCACUCAUCAGACAAAUUCAACGUCAUUUUCUGCAUGAUUGUGUGCUCACUGUUUGGCCUCUCCUCUCUCUCCCUGCUGGUCUUCCACACCUAUCUUUCUCUGUUCAACAAGACAACACUAGAGAAUAUGCAACCACCUCGUGUGGCGCAAGGUGUAGACAGACGUCUCUACUUCCUCGGGUUCAAGGAGAACCUUCGUGAGGUGUUUGGUUCCAACUUCCUCUUGGCCAUGCUGCCAGUCGCAACAAGUCUUGGCGAUGGCGUGACGUACAAAACAAGGUCAAUCAGCGGCCACGUAGAGAUGGGUGUGGUCACCACUGGAGGUCAAAGUUCAGCAGAGAGUGACGCAGAUGCAACAGAAACUCAACCAUUGACUAGUCAGGUACAAGUAUAGUUCUUUUAUCAGGGUUUGUGUUCAAAGAUUAAUUUGUUUCUUUGGUCACAUAAAUUCCAUCAGUGUGAUUUUUAUCGUGACACUCUUUAGCAAACUACGUCGUAUUAUCAUAUUUUACAGUUUGUUGUUUGCAAUAAUCAAGAUAAAAAUAAUUUUAACUAUGA